GUAACUGGAGUGUACCCUGUGGCGCGUCCGGAUCCUCCCGUACCCGGCCACGUACAUCUCCGUGAUGACGCCCCGCUACCAUCUCUUUUCUUCCCGAUGCUAGGGUUGUAUUGGCAAAGAGAGCUAGGCAGCCUUGAUUAUGAUUAGCGUAUCCUUUCUAGGACAUGAAGACUUCCACGUGCCCCUGUGUCCCUUGUUCCCGGGGACGUUGCUUUUCCAGACCCUGAGUGCUGCAGAGUGAAGAUUUAAAUUCCAAGGUCAUGGCAAAACAUCUGAAGUUCAUUGCCAGGACUGUGAUGGUACAGGAAGGGAACAUGGAAGGUGCCUACAGGACCCUGAACAGAAUCCUCACCAUGGAUGGGCUCAUUGAGGACAUUAAGCGACGGCGGUACUACGAAAAGCCUUGUCGCCGACGACAGAGGGAAAGCUACGAAACCUGUCGGCGAAUCUACAACAUGGAAAUGGCUCGCAAGAUCAACUUCUUGAUGCGGAAGAAUCGGCCGGAUCCAUGGCAGGGCUGCUGAGGCCUGUGGAUAGUAGGCCCAGUAUGAAAAUCCCUAUCUAGGUGUCUCCUUUCUCCAAUCCCAUUUUCUCUUACCUUUCUUAUAAUAAAUUAAAUCCCGUAUAAGCAA